AUGUACAAUCCGCCGGUCGCGAAAGGCGAGACUGCCACUUCGUUCGGCAGAAACGAGUUCAAACCGAGCUCAUUUAGUCGGUCGUCGUUCCGCAUUCAUCACUAUCCCGUGAGCACGCAAAUCUCGCCAAUGGGAAGCUCUCCGAGGGCCAGAGCCACGUCAAGAUACUCGCUGAGCAAUAGCAGCUCGUUCAACGAAGGCAGCUUGCGCGAAUCGCUGCAUAGCGACAGUCAGCCCGCGGAAAGGGCCGGCUCCGAGGGAAAACGGAACCAUCCAGUGGCUCCGAAGUGUUCAGGGCCCAUGUACAGCUCCAAGGCGCGCAAGGAACUGUCGAGCAUCGACAAGAUCAACGAUCCGAGCAGCAAUGCGCUGAUAUGCGCGGGAACGACUCAUUUGGGAUACUACAGGUUCAGCCCAGAGGACCGCUCGGUGGUGUGUCUGCAUGACUACGUGGCUGUGAACAAUAGGCACAGCAACGUGUUCUCUCCGAAUUUCAAGAAAAGAGCGAGACAGAGUAAACUGAGCACGAUCGCGGACGUCAAGACUGGGUUCCACAAUCACAAGAAUUACGUUGCGGUUUGCCGGAGUUCAACUGUGAUCUCGGUCUAUGAUGUGAACAGGACGACCGACGCGGAUGACGCGCUCGUCGCUACGCUAUCCGACCACACGAGGUCCGUUAACAGCUUCGAUUUCAACACGUCGCAAACAAGCCUGCUGAUCAGCGGGGGGCAGGAUGGCAGCAUCAAAAUAUGGGAUCUCAGGUCCAGCGGCACCAAGAACUCGCGGCGCUGCGAUGUAAAUAUCAACACCGCUUCCGACUCCGUGAGGGACGUCAAAUGGAUGCCGUUCCAAAAUUACGUUACGGGCGGUCAACAGGAUGUCAGGAAUGGUAGCAACGCCGGUUUGAAGUUUGCUUCGAUUCACGAUUCUGGAUUACUUCUGACAUUUGAUUUACGCCAACCGUCUCAGAUUGAGAAAAGGAUCAAUGCGCAUUCAGGCCCGGGACUCUGUCUCUCUUGGCAUCCGAACUUGGAAUAUAUCGCCACCGGAGGGAGAGAUGGAAAAUGCUCGCUAUGGAACGUUGGCGAUCGGUUUCAAGGGGACAAUAUGAGCAGUUUCUAUACACCGAAUUCAGCCCCUACAGCCCAUUUAUCGACGCUCCACGCGAACACGAAUUUGGCAGCACUACCGGAGAUCACUAUAACCACCGGUCUUCCGGUAACUAAGCUCAAAUUUCGCCCAUCUUAUGAAAGGAACGUGUUGAACUCUAUACUGGCUCUUUCUCCAAUGACCAAUGAUGCGGCUUUGAAUGUAUACUCUUUGGCCCGCAAGUAUAUUCCAAAACAUGUUCUUCACAAGUCUACGCAGACGCUAGGUUUGGUGUGGUGGGAUGAGAAGCUCAUUUUUGACAUUGACAAGGAUAAUAGCAUAAACGGAUGGGAUCUUACCCAGGAACCCACCAUCUUGGACAAUCUCUCAAAAUGCGUGACGUGCUGGCGGGACAUUGAGGGAAACGGGUUACUUUUCCUCGAUCAAAACAGCGGUGGAUAUGAAAUGCAGCAAAAUCAGCCUACUGUGCAAGAUGACGAUCGAAAAUCGAUCAAUCAAAAGGUUGGCGCGGGCCCCCUAACCAGCAGUAUCGGAAAUCAUGCAGGAAUCAUGAAUAGUCUCAAAAAAGGUAUUAGCCAUUCGACGUUGUCUUCAUAUUCCGGAGAUCGACCCAGUUUUUACAAGUCGGGAUUCUCAUUCAAUGCAAAGAGUCCAUCGAUGGGAUUUUCUCACAAUACUUCAAGCGUAUCUUCAAGUCCAUAUCCUUCGCAGAACGAGAUGAAAAACGUGCAAUCUCCAGUCAUUGUAACCUUGGAUUUGCCAUAUAUUCUGAGUAAUAUGCGGCUGUCAAGCUUACCUCCUGAUCGAAAUAAACUGCGAUCGCCCGAAGUGAGUGCUAUCAGGGAAUCUCCGGUCAAAGUAUUCAAAUUUUUAGCCAGAGAGCUUGAAUUCUCAUGCAAUAACGAAAAGAGAGAGGGGAACGUCAAAAGCAUUGACCAGCGUUCAAGUAUGAAGGACGAGGAUAUCGAGACGGAACUGAUGCAGCGUUUUGGAUUAUCUGAGAAUACAACAUGGGCGGCGCUUAUGAAUAAGAAAGGGGAACAAGAAGCCAAGGCUAAUCGGGAAUCAGGCAGCACCUUGAAAAGUCCCAAGCAAUCAAAGAAAGAGACGUUACAAAAAAUAAUAUCUAAUGAGGAGGAGAGAUCCGUACCUCGAAAAAAAAGGAGUGCUCUGACAGAAAGCAUACAUUGUCUCACAUCAGGGCUGGAGCCUAAAAUUGAGCAAUUGCUUGAACUAAUACCAAUCUGCAGUGACAAUGCAUCUGUUUAUUCCUACAUUGAUGAUUUAUCUAACUUCAAGAUAUGGUUGUUAAUACGAGAUUCUCUGUUGUGGGAUUUGAAAAGACUUAGUUCAGGAUAUCCAUCUGCUGAUCCUGAAUCAGCGCAAGGAAAGCUGACGGAAGAUGGCGCCGAGUUUGUUGCUGCUCACAACCUUAAUGAAACCGGUAGCCCUGGUUGCUCGAGCAGCAUAACGAGCGACGUUAACUCAUUUGUGGAGGAGACUCCCCAGGCUUUUAGUACUGGCGUGGAAAGUGGCACCAGAGAGCGGGCUCAGGUUCCCGAAACUGCUUCCAAGCUUAAGCAACAGCUCAUGGAGGAUAACGGUAAGAUUACUUCGCAUGAGCAGGAAAUACCCGUCGGAUCAUAUAACAGUAUUAGCUCUGCGAAGUGGGAGGAUCUGAACCAGAAAGGGAAGCAAAAUGUCAAUGAUGCAGACAUAGUGAUAACCGAUGAUGACGACGUUGAAGUGGAAGCAAUUCGUGCCGCAUCCGCACCAGCAUCGAGCUCGAAUGGCGUCGGAGCUACUAACAUACCCAUUUUGCAAAAGAGAAAGCAACGCCAGUCGUUUAUUGAUACGUUUAUGACCGAUGUACGAUCCCCAAGUGAUAUCAAUGCAGAGGGUGGGUUUUCGAGCAGGAAUCGUCACCCGCACUCGUUAGUUCAAAGCAGUCCUAGUAGCAAGUUAUCUUCGCUGCAAAGUCUCGCCAGUGGCACUUCUCCGCUAACAGCUCUGAGGAAAAUCACGGAACGAACGGACUUCAUUUCACCAUUCUCACCAAAAAGGCUCCCAAGUUACGCUUCUUCAAACUUUGAGCAGCUCAUUAAGACAAGACCCGCGAACGAGGUCCCCAAAGACAAUGGACCGAGCAAGUUGAAGCAUAUUACACCCCCAUGGAGCACAAGAAGACUGAUAAAACAGCUCUAUCAGCAGGCUGUGGAGAUGGGCAACAUUUUGCUUGCUGUCAAUAUUUUACUACUAUUCCAAGACAUUUAUCAGUUGGCACCUGUUGAGGUCGUCAAGGACUCACUGGCGCGAUUUACCACUAUCUUACAUCAAUAUGAGCUUUUCGAAAUCUCCGCGGCGAUCCUUAAAUAUUGUCCAUGGGACGACAUCAUGAGCUCCCAGGGCGGAGAGUCUCUCGUUUCGCUCUUCUGCGAAAGAUGCCAUAACUUAAUCACAAAUGACAGUUCGAAAGAGAGGUUUUCGCUAGAGUCGCAGAAGGCGGGAAACAACACUCCAAUGAGCAGAUUCGGCCACUGGUAUUGCGAUUCAUGCAAGAAGCCAAAUAGCUUGUGCGUGCUAUGCGAACUACCCAUGAAGAAGAUGACGAUGGCCAUGUUGGAAUGCGGCCACGAGGGCCAUUACGAAUGCUUGCAGAGUUGGUUUUUAACCGAAGGAAUGACUGAAUGCCCUGGAGGCUGUUCGAACGAAGUUCUCAUAUAG